GGCAGCGGGCAGAUACAGCUGUGGCAGUUCCUCCUAGAACUUCUGUCUGAUCACUCCAAUGCCAACUGCAUUGCCUGGGAGGGCACCAAUGGAGAGUUCAAGCUGACCGAUCCCGAUGAGGUUGCCAGGCGCUGGGGGGAGCGGAAGAGCAAACCCAACAUGAAUUACGACAAGCUCAGCCGCGCCCUGCGCUAUUACUACGACAAGAACAUCAUGGCCAAAGUACACGGAAAGAGAUACGCCUACAAAUUCGACUUCCAUGGCUUGGCGCAAGUGUGCCAAUCUGCACCCACCACCGAACAGUCGCUUUACAAAUUCCAAAGCAACCUACCACACUUACCUUUCCCUGGCCUCUCGAAACUUAACCUCAUGGCCUCCGGUGUCUCUCCGGCCAGCUUCUCUUAUUGGCCAAGCACCCCCUCGGCCCUGUAUCCUGGGCACAAUCUCCAGGUCCCUCCGGGGGGGUUUGGUUCUGUGUCCACCCAACAUCUUGGCUCUGUCAGCAGCGUGGGCAACAUGAGUGCCCAUUACCAUUAA